CAUAGUUUACAAGUCAGUGGAGCUAUUAAUAGGCCUGAGUUCUUUUACAAUGUCAACUGUAACCAAAGCCGUUGUGUUAAAGUGUGUUUGCCUGAAAUAUCUACAGCCACUAGUUGAGAGGUCUUGCUUCGGUAAACUUUAGACACACGAAUGGAGUCGGCGGAAAAAGUCCAAAACCAACAUUUUGCGGUCAGUUUAUUAGGUCUGCCAGCUGAAGAUGAUGUAUUUGCUGAGGAUGAAGACACGAAUGAAAUUCGGAUAAAACCAAAAUCUUCCCCACUUCCACGAAGACGGAGUUCUUCUUCAGACGAGGGGUCAGAGCCUCCCCUAACUCUUAAUCGAAAAGUUUCCUUUGCUGAUGCAUUUGGCUUGGAACUUGUGUCUGUCAGAGAAUAUGACAAAUGGGACAUACCCACUGGUACUCUGGGCGGUGAACCGCAGGGUGAGCGACCACCCCUUGAAGAAUGUCUUUUAUUGCCACUUUUUGAGUUACCACCCUCCCCUGAGGAUCUGAUGCGGAAACUUUAUUCCCAGAAAGUGGAACUAGAAUCAACGGAGUUUCCUCCGGGUACAACAUGUAUGAAAGGAGUAAUUCGUGUAUUGAACAUAUCGUAUGAAAAGCGGGUGUACAUCCGGAUGACAUUAAACCAUUGGGACAGUUACUUUGACAUAUUGGCUGAUUAUGUGGCUGAUUCUUGUGACGGUGAAACUGACCAGUUCACUUUUAAAAUUUCACUAGUCCCCCCUUACCUCAAAAACGGGGCCAAAGUCGAAUUUGCUAUUCGAUAUGAAACUCCGGGUGCUGUUUACUGGGCAAACAACGAUCACAAAAAUUACUUAAUUUUAUGUCACAAGAAAGACGAACCGAACACAAACGAGAAAUCUCCAGAAGAACUCGAUGAUCGAAACUUAAAAAGCUGUCUAAAGGCUUCAUAUAGCAAAGAGAUCCUGGAAACAUCCUCUGAUGAUGGCGAUACGAUGCUGCCAAGUACUGAAGACACAGCCCAACAGGCAAAUAGAGAGACAAUUUUGGAAACAAAUCCCUUUUCGCAAUGGAAUACUGAAAACCUGUUUGACGAAAAUACAAAACAAAAAGGAGAAAAAAGUAAACAGCCACCAGACACACAGAUAAAUCCUCCAUUGUACAUUUCAUUGACCACCUCAAGAGAUCAGGAAACUAAUUUAACACUUUUGGAAGGAUCGCAUUCUCAAGUUAAAGAAGAAAAUGAGAAGAAUGCCACAGCUGUCAGUGAAUCACCAAUUAGUCAACAGAAUGAUAUAGAAGUUGAACAUAACAAGUUUGCAAGUGCAAAUAACUACACAGAGAAAGAGGUAAAGCAAGAGAAAGAAUCUAUGUGGGUUGAAUUAGACAGUAACAAAAACACUUCCAAUCUGUCAACUCAGAGCCAUGAGGGAAGUAUAAAUACAACAAUACAAACAGAUAGUGCUAAUGUUGUAACAAGCAAUGACAACAUAAUGGCCCAAUCUUCUAAUUUGUUUUGUGAUGAAGCACAUUUACUACAUAAAAGCUGUCUUCCUGUCUCUCAAGGAAGGAGUGAAGCUGUUACAUCACCUGUAAUUGUUACAUCAGCUAAACCUGAAUUAGAAAUGACUAGUUUCACAGACAGCAUCUUUGCUAAUGAUAUGCAAAAUAACUUGCAAGUUAUUCAGGGCUCUACAGAUAAAUGUGAUAAUCUCCCUAAUAGUACGCAAAAUCCUACAGAAUUUCUACAAGAGACCACUAAUGUUGAAAGUGGAAGUGGUGAAUAUGGUUAUUUAACUGGACAUACAUUAACAAGCAAUGAAUCAGAGUCCAUCCCUGUUCCUGUAGUAUGCACCACCGCUGAUCUGGAAUUUCAGGCAGAUAGAAGCAGUUCUUCAGUCCACAGGUCAAUCUCAUCAAAGGGAGAAAAUGUUUUCAGUACAAAAAUAAAUGACACACAAGGACCUCUGCAAUAUUACAGUAAAGCUGAGAAUCUGGAAGAUCCAAAGCAAGAAAAUGAUUUUUCUGUGAAACCUAAUUUAACAAACAAGGCAGCAGAAAGUAUGCAACAACAAAACGCAGUUAAACAAGCCCCCAAAGUUGGUUCAAAAGAGAGAUUUAGUGAUCCUUCAGAAGUUACAAACCAUUCAAAAAUUGGAAAAGAAGUGCCCAUCGCAUUUCAAGUUGCUGUGAAAGAAGAAAAUUCGUGUGAUAUGUAUUCAAAUAACAGAAGAGUUGCAACAGACUCUGCAGAUGUCACAGAAUUUAUGCAAUAUGCGAAUACGCACAGUGCUUCAGAUAAUGGAAAAUAUCAAAAUACAUGGAAAGAGUUUGGAACUUAUCUCCAAACCACAUCUAAUAAACAGCUGGAAGUUACAAAUGUGCCAAAUAUUGAGACUACUGUGAUGACUACAGAAAUCCCUGUGCUGCAGGGAUCUUUAGAAGAUAAACACCAAGACCCCUGUGAACUGAAUAAGGUUCUGACACAAAUUCCAGAGAUUGAUUCAGCAAACAAGGAUAUUGCUAAUGAACAAAAAGAAAAUUAUGUAGGAGCCACACAAAUUGUAGAGCAGUGCAUUAGUGCCCCAUCAUGUAUGUUAGCUGAUACAGUAGUAAAGGAAGCCAUAGAAGCGGCUUUGUUUGAAAUUACCGGAGAUGAAGGAAGAACUACCACAUCUGGAUCACAAAAAGGGAAAGCCAUGCAACAUUUGCCAAGUGAAGAACAAUUUUCAAAGUCCAUUCAGGAGGGCACCACAGCUUUCCAUUUAACAUCAAAACAUGACCAACUUUCAAAAAUCCACCUUACUCAUGAACAAAAUGCAAAAGGUGUUUUACAGCUUGGUGAUUAUGUACCUGAAACUAAUAUAGUGUGUGUACAAAUUGGAAAGGAUGUACCUGGUGCUCCUCAGAAAAACACAGAAGAAGAAGGAGCUUCUACAAUAAGUCUGCAUACAAGGACAUCUGUACCAACUUCAGAGGAUAUAAAAUGUCCAGCUGCACCUUGUAGUUAUGGACAAUCUUUAGAAGUUGCACAAAAAUUGACUGAUUUUCAAUCAGUUGUAGACAAUCAAAGUGAAACCAGAAUUACAGCAGAAGAUGGGGAAAAUGUUGCUGGUUCAAUGAAGAUGUUUCCUGAUUGGAAAGAAGCAGAAGGGGGAAUCUCUUGUAAAAUCACUGAUAGAAUCACUGAGAGAAUUCCUGAAAAUAUUUUUGAAUCUGUGGAACUUAAAAUAACAGACAAUUGUGAAGUUCAACAAGCACAUACAGAGAUUGCAAAACAGUGGGCCAUCAACCUUACUGGGCUCCCAGAAGAAAAUGUGCAUUACAACAAGAAUGAAAAGGAUAUAGACUUUACACAGAGUUAUAAUGUUUCAGAAGUGGACUUUAAGCAAAAUUACAGUGUGCCAGAUGUUAAAGAGUCCAUAGAGGUGGGAAAAGCAGAAUUUAAGGGAGAAGAAGCAUCAAGCAUUAAAAACAUUUUGUCACACUAUGGUGGAACAGAUGAAUCCGGAUCAAUGGGAUUUACCCAGUUACAUGAAGUUACUGGUAUAUCUCAAACAAUAAAGGAAGCUGUGUCUGCUGCUGAGCAGAUAGCAGAAGAGGAAGCAGACCAUGUAGAGAAUGAGGCAGUUGAUAAGCAAGAAUGUGGGACAGACAUUGAAAUUAUUAUGGAUGGUGAAAGCGAAAGAGCUGAUAUAUUUUCUGAAUCAAGAGUUUCCCAUAGUCUUGAAAAGGCAGAAAUAUGUCAUGACACUCAACAAAUGCAAAUAAAUGAAAGCACAAAUCAAAAUGCAGUAAAGCCCAAAAAUAUUACAAAAAUAGGCUCAACACCUUACACUUCAACGGAUACAGGAGAGAAGAAAUGUAGAAUUACCACUCUACCACAGAAUUCUGAGUCACACCAUCAUAACCACUUAGGUCCAGUCAUAUUGAUUAGCACACCCAUUGAAGUGGAUGAGGAAAAGGAAACGAACAGUAAUGUCUCUAGUAAUAUCCAACCAUGUUCAGAAGGUUUAGAAUCUGAGGAAUGUAAUGAAAAAAUACUUGAGAAUGAGCAGGCAAUUGAAGCUUAUGAUAGUAAUGUUAAGUGUGAGGAAUUAUGGUUACAAGGUGAACCAUUUGCAGAUGCAAUUACUUUGAAAAACACAGUAUGGAAAGUUUGCUAUUUUAUUUUGUUCAUUGUAUUUCUCGUUACUGUUUAUCAUUAUGACUUUAUAGGGUGUUUCGCACUUUACGUGUUUUCAUUGUAUUGGUUGUAUUGUGAAGGAGAAACAAGUAGUGAUUCUGUCAAAAAGGACUGAUACAGGGUGUUAGUAUUUUCUUGAAUGAUGUAAGGAAAGGCAAUGGUUGCAUUUUAUGAAGAGCUGAAAUUGGUUUUUUAAUUGUUAACCAUUUGAGUGCUGAAAUAGCCAUUGUUUUUCGGAAUGCAUACAUCAUUUGUUUCACACAUCAAAAAAAUGAUUACCUACAUUUCUACCAAUAUUACAAGGUAGGAUUAAUAACAUUUUCACGUGUAAUAUUUUAUAAUUCAUAACAUUCUUGGAAUAACCCAAAAUAAUUAUAGCCUUGUUUUAUUCUUGAUAAUGAUGCAAAACAAUAUUGCAGCCCUCAAAAGGUUAAACAGUGAACAGUGACAACAAUGCUAGCAAAAUGCCUUACUCAUAAAUAAGUUUAAAAAAAGUGCCGAGGAGAGAAAACUUUACAGAAAAUUGAAUUUAUAGCCUAUUGUCUUUGCAUAAAGCAAUGUGAUUGACAUCUACUUUUUAAAGAAACUUGGCUUAAAAAUUUCUUAGUGAAAUUUAUAUGACCAUUUUUUCGCUCACUUGAGUGCAGUUUAGAAAAUAAUUUCAGACCAAAUUUUUUUUUGUGCUGUCCUAAAUUUGUGUAAUUAGCUAGCCCAACAUUUACUGAAUAAGUUUGCCUGUUUUAUAGUCAGUGAAUAGAAAUCUGGUUUGGUUUUCUAAAUGGUAAAGCAUUAAAAUUGUUACAAAUGAUUUAAAAACACAUCUUUUAUUUCCUAUUCCUGAUAUCUACACGUGGUGUCGCCCAGUUAACAUUCAGAACUGCCUUCGUUCCCGGUGCUACUGAAAUGGCUUUCCGUUGUUUGUGGAGACAUGAAGUAGAUGGUAUGCUGGGAGAGGAGGUGAAGCAGAUCAGAAUUAUAUAUAUUUUUUCAGAAUACUUAUGUGGAUAGAUAAGUUUAUACUGAAGUACACCUUCAAGAAUGUCCCCUUUAAGUGAAACCGUUUGAGACAGUAUGAUCUCACUUGCUGAGGUCUGUUUCUCAUUUGUUUGGCCUCCUCACAGAAUUAGAAAUUUUCUUCAUCCAGGAGAAGUUAAUCAUCAACUGUCUCUGUCUCUUUAAGACAGUUGAGCUAUUGACUGCUGUUCUGUUAUUUUCUUUACUUUGCCAUAUACAAGGUGUUCUUUGGAGGUACUCCUUUUAGUUUUUCUUUCCUGUUAGCAGAUUGUCUCGGCCUUGUCUGCAUCCUCUGGAGAAGGUUUGUCUUGUGCAAUGUAGCAUUUUUCUUCACUGUAUCUUAUGUAAUAAGAUGUUAAUAAAUGUAGUUUGUUUUCUGCACCUUCA